AACCCAUCACACGCAACAGAGAACGGCAGCUUUGGGCAGUGGAAACGUUGCUAAGGAGUCUGGAUACACUGCAGGUGACCUGGAUCAAUCUCUGGUGUCGUAUGCUGACACGCAACUUAGAGUCCUUUAUGACCCAGCGUUGGUGACAUCAGCAUUCCACCGGUGUGUUCUGCAAGCGGAGAAGCUAAUUAAAGUAGGAGGGGAAAUGUGCACCUGCUUUUUACAGGAGGAAGUGAAUGUUUUACAUGUAUUGACAGGAUUGCACAGGUCUAUUUAGAACAGUCUCUUCAGCUUGACUUCAGGUAUAGCCCGCAUGUUUUGGACACAGAAAUCGAAGCUCACCGUUGUUAACGUUAUUUUACUGUUCUCAUGAGUUUUCUGUCGUCCUGGAAAAGGAGUCUGAAGGGAAAUGAAGGCAAGACUAGGUCAUCAAGCUGCCGAGAAAUCCAGGACCGCCAUGAAGACCAGGAAGAUCACAGGUCAGCAGCUUUGUCUCAGAGGUCUGACCUGCGGAUGGAGCUUGAUGACUGUAUGGCCGCACUUGACCUGUUCCUAAGCAACAAGUUUGCGGAGGCGCUGGAUCAUCUGCAGUCCAAAACCAAGGACAGUAUGUAUCAUGCCCUCACCUAUGCCACAAUCCUGGAGAUGCAGGCCAUGAUGACCUUUGACCCUCACGAUAUAUUGGCAGCAGGGAACACAAUGAAAGAUGCUCAGGCAGUGUGCCAGAGGUUCCGAAAAAAGUCCACAAUGGCAGGUUCCUUUAACAGUCUGAUCAACAGGCAGGCUGGGGAGCUCACAGAAGAGGAAAUCCAUGCUGAGGUGUGCUAUGCAGAGUGCCUGCUACAGAGAGCAGCCCUUACUUUUCUCCAGGAUGAAAACAUGAUCAGUUUCAUCAGAGGAGGAAUCAAAGUGAGGAGUAGUUACCAGACCUACAAAGAGCUCCACAACAUUGUGCAGUCGGCCCAGUAUACUCAAGGGGACAGUCACAGUCAUUUCGAGGGGGGCGUGAAGCUUGGGGUGGGAGCCUUUAACCUGACACUAUCCCUGCUACCCACAAGGAUACUUCGGCUUCUGGAGUUCGUUGGCUUUUCUGGCAACAAGGAGUACGGUCUGCAGCAGCUUCAAGAAGGGGCGUCCACACAGAGCUUCAGGGCCUUCCUGUGCACCAUGCUGCUGCUCUGCUACCACACCUUCAUGAGCUUCGUACUGGGGACAGGAGAAGGAGACGUGGGAGAUGCAGAGGCACUCCUGCAGCCCUAUCUGAAGCGGUAUCCCAAGGGUGCUAUCUUCCUGUUUUUCGCUGGCCGAAUAGAGGAGAUCAAAGGCAACCUGGAUGCAGCCAUUGCCCGCUUUGAGGAGUGCUGCGCAGCCCAGCAGCACUGGAAGCAGUUCCAUCACAUGUGUUACUGGGAGUUGAUGUGGUGCUUCACCUACAAGCGGCAAUGGAAGAUGGCCUACUUCUACGCAGACCUGCUCUGCAAAGAGAACUCCUGGUCCAAGGCUACCUAUGCUUACAUGAAAGCAGCCUACCUCAGCAUGCUCACUGAAGAGGACUGCAAGCCCUUUGGGGAGGAUGAGGUGGAGAUCUUCAGACAAAUGCCAGGGAUGAAACAGAAGAUAGCCGGGAAGUCGCUGCCGACGGAGAAGUUUGCAAUCCGCAAAGCGAGGCGAUACCUCUCCCCCAACCCCCUCCCUCUGCCAGUGCCGCCUCUGGAAAUGAUGUAUAUCUGGAACGGGUACGCGGUCAUAGGGAAGCACAGGGACCUGACCGAGGGAAUGCUGGACACUCUGAACCAGGCGCAGAGGACCCUGGAGCGAGCGCCCGUGACGGAGCACACAGUAGAUGACCAGUGUCUGGUGAGCUUACUGAAAGGACUCUGUCUGAAGCACCUGGGGUGUCACGAAGAGGCAGAGCAGUAUUUCAACCUCAUCCACAUCAAUGAAACUCUAAUUAGAUACGAUCACUAUUUAGUGCCGAAUGCCUUGUUAGAACACGGUCUGCUCUGCAUGGAGCUGGGAAGAACAGAAGAGGGGGUUAAAUACCUGGAAACAGCAAAGCACAAUUACAAGAAUUACUCCAUGGAGUCCAGGACACAUUUCCGAAUCCAGGCUGCACUGCACAACGCCAAGUCUGCAGUAGAAAUCGGAGACUCUGUUCCUUAACCGUGGCUCCGGAGCAGGGUUUGAGACUAAGCCCAGCCCGAGAGGAGGGGAACACCACAGGGUUAGGAGCUGAGCACAGCAUUGCUCCAAUCCGGAUCCUGCAGCCUGACAUGUUCUGAGCCCAUUGCAGACCUGCUCCUAGAAAUGUUAAGCACCCUGCAUAUUUCAACCCCAAUCCCUGAUUUCCUCCAUGUUUGUGGAAAUAAAUCUCCUUAUCUUUACCUUUUUAUUUUUUAUAUUAAAUGCACAUUUGCGUGAAAACAAACUUUGACUGCUAUAAAUGGACAUCUUGGUUUCCACAAGAUACCCAUCCUUAUUCUCUCCCAAGUAUAAAUCAAAGGUAAUCAAUAACACUCUAAAAGGGAAAUUAAUUUUAGCUACAAUAUUCAAUUUUCUCUGGUUGGAGUUCUAUUGUAUUUCUAUUGAUUUUUUUUUUUUUUAAAUGUAUUUAUUUUUUAUAAGUGAUCACAAUGUUUUAUGGUAGAGUCCACAGCAAUUUCUGUAAAAAACCAAAAAAAAAAAAAAAAAACACGCUGUCAGUCACACAGCCAUUGAUUUGAAAAGUGUUGCUAAUGCUCACUGUGCCUUAGUCUCACCCAGCUACAGAUCUCGGUAUAAGCAUGGUGUCUCCCUCUCUAACCUCAGCCAGGAAAGAAGUCAGAUCAUCUCAGUUGGGCUGCCGUGAAAAAUAAUGUAUUCAGUGUUUUUCUCUCUCAUGUUACUCGUCAGCCUGUCUAAUUCUAUACCCUAGUUAUUUAUCUGUUUAUUUAUGUAUUUAGCUAUUCCUCUCUGGCUAAUGGAGGGUGAUUUGGUUGUCCGCUUGCCUCAGAGCAGGCGCUGUCCUGGCAGGUCUCUCUGUUGCUGCUCACCGUUUGUACCCAGAACACGUCCUCGGGAAUUGCAAGCACUUCAUGGUGAAUGACAGCGUAACAGAGCUCGGUUGCUUUUAGGGUAGCCAUAACGUUCUAUUCCGUCAAUCAUUAGAAACACAGCAGUACCGUGUGGAACUGAGUUAAGGAUACUCGUCGAUAUGUUUGUCAAAUUGUAUUACUGGGGCUCCUUUGUCAGCUGAUAUAGCGCACUAUUGAAUGAUGCUAUGACAGCAUACCAUCUUCUUGCCAUUGUCAUUUCUUGCAACCUGCCAUCGUGCAUACCUUCUCCCCUGCCAAGUGGCUUUUGAACGACCCUGUAGAUGCGUUCUUAUUUAAUGGAGAUCAAGAGUCUUGGCAAAACAAUCUUUAGUCAGUUUUUAAAGUAUAUAUUUAGUGCAAAAUUACCCAAUUUGAAUAUAUUGACGCUAGAUCCAGCAAGGUCAAACAAAUGAAAGAAAUGCUCCAUUGAAAAGUGUUUCAUUGUUUAAAUGAGUACUGGGUUUAAUACAUGUUUUAAAACACAACAGCGUGAAGUAGAGUGCACGCUAGUGCAGGGCUACAUGCAUUCCUGUAAAUACCUACUUGUGUUUUUGUAACUAAAUAUAAAUAUGACUUAAUAAAAUAAUUAUAUUAGUGUU